CGACCUACUUUGGCUGAUUGUACAUACCACCGCUGAACCGGUACAAUUUAUCAGACUCUCUUCCAUUGCCUCAUCGUCAACACGACAACUUUUCGAUUAUUAUCACUCCCUCAUCGUCGUAAUUGCGACCUUUCCUUUCCAUUCAUCGCUGCUCGCAUUUCGUCACCCUAGUAAUUGCAUACCUUCGAUUCUCGCCAUAUACGAACUGAGGCCAUCUCGUAUUCCGUACCUCCUGUCUGUCCUGCAUAAUACAGCGAUUUGAAUGUCAUUCUUCUAAAGCCAACGGCAAAACCAUCUACAUAUGGGAACCUUGUAUUGGGUCUUAGAUUAACUACUACUAAAUGAAAGCCUUAAACUAGAUCGACUAGCAAAAUAUUGGAUUUCCGUCGCGUCCCGUAUGCCUCCCAUUUCGCUCCCUUUGUAGCAUCCAUUCCUUCGCGACAUGGCUGGAAGGGCGCCUCCUGGAGGCAACUCUGGUUCCGGAAAUGACCUUUUACUCGAUCUCGACGAUAGCCCUCCCUAUGGAGGGCAAAGGCAACCUAUACACGAUGACCACUCAUCUCGACCGUCUGUAUCAUACGAUGAUUUCGUUGGCGGCAGCCAAACCACCCACCCGGCUGUCAAAAACCCAGCACCCGGCGCUGGUGUUUCGGGACCUCGACCACCAUACUUAGUCGAUAACGAUAGACAAUACAGCCAAUCUUCCGAUCUACACAACUAUUCAAGAUACGCCGACGACUUCGACGAUUACCCCGAUGACGGUCAGUCGUAUUAUCAGCAUGGAGGAGCGAUGAACGCGGCCGACAUGGAAGGCCGUGUCAAUGCGCGGAACCGUAAUAGCGUACUCGGGUUAGGAGGUGGCUUUUUGGGAAGGGCAAAGAAGAUGCUCGGCAUGGGACAGAAGGGUUAUUCGGAAAUGGACCUGCCUUUGACGGAGCCAGGUCACGGAAGGGGGGAUUUGGGCACCGAGCCUCAAAAACAAAAUAAGAAAUUUGAGUUGAAGAACUUCAGGUUUGGCUUUGGCAGGGGCAAACCGGACCCGUCGACUUUGGGUCCUCGCAUCAUCCACUUGAACAACCCUCCCGCGAACGCCGCGAACAAAUAUGUCGACAACCAUGUCUCUACCGCUAAAUAUAACGUUGCCACGUUCCUACCCAAAUUCUUAAUCGAGCAGUUCUCCAAAUUCGCCAAUGUUUUCUUCUUAUUUACGGCAGCCUUGCAGCAAAUUCCAGACCUGUCUCCGACGAACCGUUAUACGACUAUUGGCCCUCUCGUCGUUGUUUUGUUGGUAUCUGCGGGCAAGGAAUUAGUCGAAGACUACAGGAGGAAGCAGGCCGAUAGUGCUCUCAAUAACUCGAAAGCUAGGGUCUUGCGAGGAUCAACCUUUGAAGAGACGAAAUGGAUCAAUGUGGGCGUAGGGGAUAUAGUGCGGGUAGAAUCGGAGGAGCCUUUCCCUGCCGAUAUUGUCUUGCUUGCUAGUUCCGAACCAGAGGGAUUGUGUUAUAUCGAAACAGCAAACCUCGACGGCGAAACUAACCUUAAGAUCAAACAAGCGUUGCCGGAGACUUCUACUAUGGUUAGUCCAGCGGAAUUGAGUAGAUUAGGGGGCAGGGUCCGUUCCGAACAACCAAAUAGUAGCCUGUAUACGUAUGAAGCUACUCUGACUAUGCAAGCUGGCGGCGGAGAAAAGGAGCUGCCCCUUAACCCAGAACAGCUAUUACUACGAGGUGCCACCCUCAGGAAUACUCCCUGGGUACAUGGUAUUGUAGUGUUCACGGGACAUGAGACCAAGCUUAUGCGCAACGCCACCGCCGCUCCGAUCAAACGGACCAAAGUCGAACGGCAACUCAACAUGCUGGUCCUUGCGUUAGUCGGCAUGUUACUUGUUCUCAGUGUCGUGUCUACCGUGGGAGAGCUAGUUUUCCGGUCCGUUCGAUCGGAUUCAAUCUCUUACCUGGAGUUAGGGUCCCUAAGUGAUGCAGGCGACGUGGUGAAUGCGAUAUUCAAGGAUCUCGUCACCUACUGGGUCUUGUUCUCUUCUCUGGUUCCCAUCUCGCUGUUUGUGACUGUCGAGAUGGUCAAAUACUGGCAUGGCAUUCUGAUCAACGACGACCUCGACAUUUACUAUGACAAGACAGAUACACCUGCAAACUGCCGGACAUCGAGUUUGGUUGAAGAGUUAGGCAUGGUCGGUUAUGUAUUUUCGGACAAGACGGGAACUCUAACGUGUAACAUGAUGGAGUUUAAGCAGUGCACAAUCAGCGGAAUACAAUACGCGGACGAGGUACCGGAGGAUCGAAGGGCCACGGUACAAGACGGCGUGGAAGUUGGAAUCCACGAUUUUAAGCGAUUGCGCGAGAACCUCAAAUCACACGAGAGUGCCGAGGCGAUGCACCAUUUCUUAGCUCUCCUCUCAACCUGCCAUACCGUUAUUCCGGAGCGGGACGAGAAGGGCGACGGUAUUAAAUAUCAGGCCGCCUCACCCGAUGAGGGUGCCCUGGUUCAGGGUGCCUUGAUGUUAGGCUAUAAGUUCGUUGCUCGGAAACCACGAUCCGUAAUUAUCGAGGUUGAAGGCAAAGAGUACGAGUAUGAGCUUCUAGCUGUUUGCGAAUUCAACUCUACGAGGAAGCGAAUGUCUACGAUUUACCGAUGCCCCGAUGGGAAGAUUCGACUCUACUGCAAGGGUGCAGACACCGUUAUUCUAGAACGCUUGAAUGAGGACAACCCCCAUGUCGAGCAAACUCUACUACACUUGGAGGAAUAUGCUUCUGAAGGUCUUCGUACUCUCUGUUUGGCAGUGCGUGAGAUCCCUGACCAGGAAUUCAAGGAGUGGUACAGUAUGUUUGACAGGGCCCAGACCACUGUGGGCGGUAACCGAGCUGAAGAGCUGGAUAAAGCGGCUGAGAUUAUCGAGCACGACUUCUACCUGCUAGGCGCGACUGCUAUUGAGGAUCGUCUUCAAGACGGCGUGCCCGAAACCAUCCAUACAUUACAGCAAGCGAAUAUCAAGGUCUGGGUUUUGACUGGAGAUCGCCAGGAGACAGCCAUCAACAUCGGCAUGAGCUCCAAGCUACUGAGUGAAGAUAUGAUGCUCCUCAUCGUCAACGAAGAAGACGCCAGCGCGACUCGCGAUAAUAUCCAGAAGAAACUGGAUGCCAUCCGGAAUAACGCAGACGGUUCGGUUGAAAUGGACACAUUAGCCCUUGUCAUUGACGGUAAAUCCCUUACCUACGCCCUGGACCCAGACAUGGAGAAGAUUUUCUACGACCUUGCCGUUAUGUGCAAAGCGGUCAUCUGUUGCCGUGUUUCGCCGUUGCAAAAGGCCUUGGUUGUGAAGUUGGUCAAGAAGUUCUCAUCGGAGAUCCUCCUCGCUAUUGGCGACGGAGCGAACGACGUGUCUAUGAUCCAGGCCGCCCAUAUCGGAGUUGGUAUUUCGGGCGUUGAAGGUCUUCAGGCUGCACGGUCGGCCGAUAUUUCGAUUGCUCAGUUUCGAUUUCUCCGCAAACUCACCCUUGUUCACGGUGCUUGGAGCUACCAACGUAUCAGUAAAACCAUCCUCUUCUCCUUCUACAAGAACAUCACUCUAUACAUGACGCAAUUCUGGUACACAUUCCAAAACGUGUUUUCAGGCGCUAUCAUCUACGAGUCUUGGACAUUAUCCUUCUACAACGUCUUCUACACUGUACUACCUCCUCUCGUUAUGGGCAUUCUAGAUCAGUUCAUUUCCGCACGACUCCUUGAUCGUUAUCCGCAAUUGUACACUCUAGGACAGCAAAAUCAGUUUUUCAAGAUCAGCACAUUUGCCUCUUGGAUUGCAAGUGCCGUCUACCAUUCUAUCGUCCUCUACAUUUUCUCCGAACUUAUUUGGUACGGAGACUUGAUUUUGCACGAUGGUACGAUGGCAGGCCAUUGGGUCUGGGGUACGGCCUUGUAUGCGGCUACCCUUGCAACGGUUCUCGGAAAAGCUGCGUUGGUGACAAGCAACUGGACCAAGUACCACGUCAUGGCCAUCCCGGGAAGCAUGUUGAUAUGGUACAUAUUCAUCGUUGUUUACGGUAUCGUUGCUCCGAUGGUUGGGAUUUCCGAGGAAUACCAUGGGCUGGUACCAGUACUAUUCUCUAACCCCGUGUUCUGGCUCCAAACGAUUACUCUGCCUAUGCUUUGCCUGCUUCGGGAUUUCGCCUGGAAGUAUGCUAAGAGGAUGUAUUACCCCCAAACGUACCAUCAUAUACAAGAGAUCCAGAAGUAUAAUAUCCAGGAUUACCGUCCUAGGAUGGAACAAUUCCAGAAGGCGAUCAGGAAAGUGCGCCAGGUGCAGCGCAUGAGAAAACAACGCGGAUAUGCUUUCUCGCAAGCAGAUGAGAGUCAGACGCGUGUGAUCAAUGCGUACGAUACGACGAGACAUAGGGGGAGAUACGGCGAGAUGCCGGCAUCGACGCCGGGCGCAAGGUAGUUUUCGGCUGGCUCGGUUGGGGCUUGAUUUUUUGUGCUUUACAUGUACCAUAUUUAUAUAUGGUCUGGCUACAUGUGCCGGACAGGAACGAUUACUACGAUAUUCUAAGGUUGUGGCCUAAGAGGUGCGGCGUACAGUAGAAAGGAAAGAAGAAAAAAAGAGCAAUAACAUUAU